CUCCUCCUCCUCGCCGCCGUCUCGGGGGACGCGGCCCCGCCGCCCGCGCGCGCCGGGGAGGCCACUGGGCCCCUGCGUGCCCCCUCCCCCCACCUCCCCCGCCUCCCGCUUCCCUCGUCCCUUCCCGGCUGAGGUAAGGGAGGCCUCCCCCCCUCCCCGGCCUCGCCGCGGCCCUGCCGGCUCCUCUCGCCGCGGUGCCGGUCCCCCGCCUUGGGGCGGGCUGGGGGGUGCCGGUGCGUGGUCGGGGCCGCCGUUUGGGGAAGGGGCCAGAGCAUCCUCCCAGGGGAAACGGCCGGUUCGCCGGCAACCGGCGAGGCUUCCCCAAGGGACACCGGCUGCCCCGCGCCCGACUCCCCAAAAUAGCGUGCUCGGCCCCGAAGGCUUUGUAACAGCCCUGUCCCCUGCAGCGGCGACCGGCGCCGCUCCAGGUAGCGAGCUGCCGAGCGGCGGAGACCGGCGUGGCCAGGCCGCCUGCUGCCUGCGCUUUGUUUCUGCUGGGCUUGCCGGAGAAGUUUUGGGCUGGGGUUGAAGGGGGAAAACGGAUGUGAUCUUCAUGGUGAGCUGGUGGGAAAACUGAGUUGUAAAUCACCCCAAUGGAUGCGGACAGUGAUGUUGCAUUGGACAUUUUAAUCACAAAUGUAGUGUGUGUUUUUAGAACAAGAUGUCAUUUAAACUUGAGGAAGAUCGCAUUAGAGGGAGCAAAUGUGAUAUACAAGCGUGAUGUUGGGAAAGUAUUAAUGAAGCUUAGGAAGCCUAGGAUUACGGCCACAAUUUGGUCCUCAGGAAAAGUUAUUUGCACAGGAGCCACAAGUGAAGAAGAAGCUAAAUUUGGUGCCAGACGAUUAGCUCGUAGUCUACAGAAACUAGGUUUUCAGGUAAUUUUCACAGAUUUUAAAGUUGUGAAUGUUUUAGCAGUGUGCAACAUGCCCUUUGAGAUCAGAUUGCCAGAAUUUACAAAGAAUAACAGACCUCAUGCGAGUUAUGAACCAGAACUUCAUCCUGCCGUGUGUUACAGAAUAAAAACUCUCAGAGCUACCUUACAGAUUUUUUCCACAGGCAGUAUCACAGUUACAGGGCCAAACGUAAAGGCUGUUGCCAGUGCUGUGGAGCAGAUUUACCCAUUCGUGUUUGAAAGCCGGAAAUAAAUUUUAUAAUUCACCACUUGAUGGUUAGGUUUCCUAACCAAGCACCUUUAAAGACUGCUGCACAUUGGACUAAAAGCAAAAAGGAAAACUGGACCAACCGUAGCAGAGGAAUACAGACUCUCUUACUUGCUCAUGGCCACAGUAUAAACUCCAGUUCUUUUGGAUUUUACUCUUAACAGUGCUGUAUUGUAAAAACAGAAGUUUACAAGAUAUGAAAUUGCUGCUUUUAAAAAGACAUUCUAUUUAUUUUUGCAGUAAUUUCUGUGUAUUCAUAAGCAAAGCUGUCACGAUGUGCACUACCUUUAAAACAUUAUUUUUUUUUAGUUUGAGCUUGUGUUUUAUUUGUGAAUAGUCUUUUACAUUUUUGUAUGCUGAAUAUUGGGCACCAAAGAAGCUGUAAAAGUUAUCUUUUUCACCUGAUGAAUGUGCACAAAUAAAAGUUUGAAAAUAUUUCUCUUCAUACCUGUUCUGUUAUAUUCCUUUCCCUUUUCUAUUACAGUUAAAAUUGUAUAGUUGCAAAUUAAUUUGAAACAAUGUAAGAAUAGUCUUUUGCUGAUACCUUCUGUUUCUAUUUGUAGUAUGUGUAAAACUUUGUGCGUGGGUUAGAUCGAAAUCUAUAGUAGUUACGUAUGUUUAUCCGAGGAUGAAAUUUGGUUUGUUCCCAGUUCUCUUAACUACAUGCCAGACUUCAAGUAUUUUCUUGCUGUUAUGUGAAGAGAAGACAUUUCUAAAUAUAAAGGUCUACAGCAAGUGUUUUCCUAUAGAUGGUGAGGAAAUCUUAUCAACUAAAGAAGCUACUGUAGAAAACCCAACUGCCUUGUCCACCUUCUGGAUGAAAAGGAAAAAAGUCACUGUGUGAGCUUCGGUUUUCAGGAAAGUGUUGUUGUGCUUCAGCACGAGAAGAUGGUGCGGUCACGCUAAUCCAGCCCCAGCCUAUUGCUGAAUGAUUAACGCAGACCUUUUCUACACUCUUCUUACUGUAUAAUAUUUUCAUGACAGGAGCUGCCAGCAAGCAAUGAAGCUUGAUUCUGGCAUGUAUUAUUAUUGGUAUUAAUCUUGGACUCAGAAGCCAGUAGAUGUUUCUCUCGUAAGUGCACAUUUGAAGCAGAAGAGAGGUGAAUGCUUAAAAGUAACUGCAAAUGCUACUUUUAAAAAGAUACAAUAAAUAUGUAUAAAUGUAUGUAUGUCUU